AGGAAGCACUAGAAGAAAUAGCAAAACAAGUGGGGAAAUCGGACUGGAACUUCAACAUAAACCCAUGCAACAAUUACACAAACUGGGAUACCCCAAAAUCUCCUGCCAACCCUCUCUACAACAACACCCUCGAAUGCAACUGCUCCUAUCCCGACGGCGACGGGUUUUGCCACGUUGUCAGCAUUUUUCUUAAAGGGCAAGAUCUUGCUGGUGUACUUCCACCAUCUGUUGCAAAGUUGCCCUACAUAACACAAGUUGAUUUCACCAGGAACUACCUCAGUGGUACUAUACCGCCUGAAUGGGCUUCUACAAAGUUGGAACUUCUGUCCGUGAAUGUGAACAACUUAUCAGGACAAAUCCCUCGCUACUUGGGGAACAUUACCACUCUAAUCAAUCUGAACUUGGAGACUAAUCUGUUUUCUGGAACUGUUCCUCCUGAGCUUGGGAAUUUGGUUAACUUGGAGAUUUUCACUCUCAGUGCAAACAAUCUCACAGGAGAAUUGCCAGUGGCUUUCACUAAUUUGAUUAAAUUAAGAGAAUUUAGUAUUAACAGUAACAACUUCACGGGAAGAAUACCUGAUUUUUUGGAAAGUUUUAAACAAAUUGAGAAAUUAGAGAUCCAAGCUAGUGGUCUCUAUGGGCCCAUUCCGUCUAGCAUUUCUGUCUUGAGUAAUUUAAAAGAACUAAGGAUCAGUGACUUAAAUGGAGGGGGUUCAAAAUUUCCACCCUUGAGUAAUAUAACAGGCUUUAAAGACUUAACGCUGAGGAGCUGCAAUUUAUAUGGAUCUAUCCCUGCUUAUAUAUCAGCAAUGGAAAAUUUGAAUAAAUUAGAUCUCAGCUUCAACAAAUUGGAAGGAAAUAUUAAUACUCCUGACUAUGAACAUCUGCAACGCGUGCAGUACUUGUAUCUAACAAGCAACUGGCUCACCGGGUCUGUGCCAGACUGGAUGAAGAGCAGAGAUUAUCUCCACCCGACAGAUAUUUCUUACAAUAAUUUUUCUGAGAGCUCUGAGCCAACUAUUUGCCGAGAAACACUAAACCUGUUUGAAAGCUUUUCUGCACAAAGUAACUCAUCAUUUGGAGUGUGCUUGAGGAACCUUCAAUGUCCAGAAGAUCAGUACUCGUUGCAUAUAAAUUGUGGUGGAAAACGAACCAUCAUUGAAGGAGUCACCUUUGAAGAUGAUCAAGACCCAGGAGGUGCAGCAAAAUUCGUUCCUCAGAGGCCUAUCUGGGGAACCAGUAGCACUGGAAAUAUCAGGGGUUCUAACUCCUCUGGUACAGACUACAUUGCAAAUAAUGUAUCUAUACUAAGAAUGAAAAACUCUGAGUUGUACACAAGUGCACGCCUCUCUUUUCUUUCUCUCACGUAUUAUGCACGCUGCUUUCGAAACGGCAAUUACACCGUGAAACUUCACUUUUCCGAGAUAACAAUCAGAGGCAAUAGAUCUUUUCGUAGUGUUGGAAGACGGAUAUUUGAUAUUUAUAUUCAGGAGAAACUGGUGUGGAAGGAUUUUGAAAUUAAAAAGGAAGCACACGGCGUUGAUAAAGAACUCAUUAAGGAAAGUAAAGCAGUGGAGGUUAAGAAUAAAACUUUAGAGAUCCGAUUUCAUUGGUCUGGGAAAGGGACAACAGCUUCUCCAAAGAAAGGAACAUGGGGUCCUCUUAUAUCUGCUAUCUCUAUAGAGCCUGAGUUCAAGCCUCCUCAUGGUAGCAAAAGCAAGGUACCUAUUGUAGUGGGAGCUUCAGUUGGAGCUUCGGUCUUGUUCCUCAUUUUCUUGAUUUUCAGCGUUCUUUGGUGGAAAGGCUGUCUGGAUAGCAAGAUAUCUAGGGAAAAAGCUCUGAGAGGACUGGAUCUGCAAACUGGUUUUUUCACCUACAAGCAAAUUAAAGCCGCCACUAAUAACUUUGAUCCUCUAAACAAAAUCGGGGAAGGCGGUUUUGGAUCUGUUUACAAGGGUAUAUUAUUGGAUGGUACUAUAAUUGCAGUUAAGCAACUAUCAUCCAAAUCAAAGCAAGGAAAUCGAGAAUUUGUGAAUGAAAUAGGCAUGAUUUCUGGUUUACAACAUCCAAAUCUUGUUAGAUUGUAUGGAUGCUGUAUUGAAUCAAACCAGUUACUGUUGGUAUAUGAAUACAUGGAAAACAACAGCCUUGCACGUGCUUUGUUCGUUCCGGGGGAAAGUCCUUUAAAAUUGGACUGGCCUACAAGGCAGAAUAUAUGCAUAGGCAUAGCAAGAGACCGAGACCUUAACUCCAAGAUCUCGGACUUCGGGUUGGCCAAGCUUGACGAAGAGGAGAACACCCACAUUAGCACUAGAGUUGCUGGAACUAUAGGAUAUAUGGCGCCAGAAUAUGCACUAUGGGGUUAUUUGACCUACAAAGCAGAUGUCUACAGCUUUGGUGUUGUUACAUUGGAAAUUGUUGCUGGAAAGAGCAACAUGAAAUAUCGACCAAAUGAGAACUUUGUAUGCCUUGUGGAUUGGGCUCUUGUUUUACAACAAAAAGGGGAAUUAUUGGAGCUGGUGGAUCCAAGGUUGGGGUCCGAUGUGAGUGAGGAAGAGGUCAUUAGGAUGAUUAAAGUUGCUCUCUUAUGCAUCAAUGCAGCACCAGCGCUUAGGCCUACCAUGUCUGCAGUAGUGAGUAUGCUUUGA